GGGCUGCUGAAUGGGAGCAGUCAGUGGAUUCGUGUGAUACCAACGCAAGCCGCCUAGGAAACCCACUACAGUCCAUCAUUUUUGGCUUUUGGGGCGUUUAGCGCACGUUUAGAAGAAGACCACAUCUUUUCUCUUGCUGUCCCCUUCCCCUCUCCUUUCUCUCGGAUUCUUCUGAUAGAGAAAUCAUUCAGAAAUGGCUCAGAUAUUGCCGAUACGGUUUCAGGAACAUCUGCAGUUGCAGAAUCUGGGUGUGAACCCAGCAAACAUUGGCUUCAGUUAUCUGACCAUGGAGUCAGACAAGUUCAUCUGCAUCAGAGAGAAGGUGGGGGAGCAGAACCAGGUGGUGAUUGUGGACAUGUCAGACCCCACCAACCCAAUAAGAAGACCGAUUUCUGCUGACAGCGCGAUCAUGAACCCCGCCAGCAAGGUCAUUGCCUUAAAAGACGCUGCCAAGACGCUGCAGAUCUUCAACAUUGAGAUGAAGAGUAAGAUGAAGGCUCACACUAUGUCCGAGGAGGUCAUGUUCUGGAAGUGGAUAUCGGUAAACACUGUUGCCUUGGUAACGGAUACAGCUGUCUACCACUGGAGCAUGGAGGGGGAUUCCCAACCAGCCAAAGUAUUUGAUCGGCAUGCCAGUCUGGCGGGAUGUCAGAUCAUUAACUACAGAACUGACGAGCAACAGAAAUGGUUGCUGCUGAUAGGGAUUUCUGCACAGCAAAACCGUGUUGUUGGGGCAAUGCAGCUGUAUUCUGUGGACAGAAAAGUGUCCCAACCCAUUGAGGGUCAUGCUGCUGCCUUUGGGGAGUUCAAAGUGGAGGGAAAUGCCAAACCUUCCACCCUUUUCUGCUUUGCUGUUCGCUCACAGGCUGGGGGAAAGUUGCACAUCAUUGAAGUUGGUCAACCAGCAACAGGAAACCAGGCAUUUACUAAGAAAGCAGUGGAUGUGUUCUUCCCACCAGAGGCCCAGACAGAUUUUCCUGUAGCUAUGCAGAUUGGCAGUAAGCACGGUGUGAUAUAUUUGAUCACAAAGUACGGUUACGUUCACCUGUACGACCUGGAGUCUGGAGUGUGUAUCUACAUGAACCGAAUCAGUGCAGAGACUAUUUUUGUUACUGCUGCUCAUGAGGCCACCUCGGGGAUCAUUGGUGUCAACAAGAAGGGGCAGGUUCUGUCAGUGUGUGUUGAAGAGGAAAACAUUGUCAACUAUGCCACAAAUGUCCUGCAAAACCCUGACCUAGCCUUGAGGAUGGCUGUUAGGUCAAAUCUUGCAGGAGCUGAGGAGCUUUUUGCCAGGAAAUUCAACACACUGUUUGCCCAGGGAAGCUAUUCAGAGGCUGCAAAAGUUGCUGCAUCAGCACCCAAGGGCAUCCUGCGAACAGCAGAAACCAUCCGCAAGUUUCAGAGUGUCCCAGCCCAGCCGGGUCAGGCCUCUCCGCUUUUGCAGUAUUUUGGUAUUCUUUUGGACCAGGGCCAGCUCAACAAGUUUGAGUCUCUGGAGCUUUGCAGGCCUGUCCUGCAGCAGGGCCGCAAACAGCUACUGGAGAAAUGGCUGAAGGAGGACAAGCUGGAGUGUUCAGAAGAGCUGGGAGACCUGGUGAAAGCCUCUGACCCAACACUGGCUCUUAGUGUCUACCUCAGAGCUAAUGUCCCCAAUAAGGUUAUUCAGUGCUUUGCAGAGACUGGACAGUUCCAGAAGAUAGUUUUAUAUGCUAAAAAGGUGGGCUACACCCCAGACUGGGUGUUUCUGCUCAGAAAUGUGAUGCGUGUGAAUCCAGACCAGGGACUGCAGUUUGCCCAGAUGCUGGUCCAAGAUGAGGAGCCACUGGCCAACAUCAACCAGAUUGUAGAUGUUUUUAUGGAAGGAAGCUUAAUUCAGCAGUGCACCUCCUUCUUGUUGGAUGCCUUAAAGAAUAACCGCCCAGCUGAAGGACACUUACAGACGCGUCUGCUUGAGAUGAACUUGAUACACGCACCCCAGGUAGCAGAUGCCAUCCUGGGGAACCAGAUGUUCACACACUAUGACCGUGCCCAUGUCGCUCAGCUAUGCGAGAAGGCAGGACUGCUGCAGAGAGCUCUCGAACACUACACUGACCUGUAUGAUAUCAAAAGAGCCGUGGUGCACACACAUCUGCUCAACCCUGAGUGGCUGGUGAACUUUUUUGGCUCCUUGUCAGUCGAAGAUUCUUUAGAGUGUUUAAGGGCGAUGCUGUCGGCUAACAUAAGGCAGAACCUGCAGCUGUGUGUCCAGGUAGCAUCCAAGUAUCAUGAGCAAUUGGGAACUCAGGCAUUGGUUGAGCUUUUUGAGUCCUUCAAGAGUUAUGAAGGCCUGUUUUACUUCCUGGGGUCCAUUGUGAAUUUCAGUCAAGAGCCUGAUGUUCACUUUAAAUACAUCCAGGCUGCCUGUAAGACAGGUCAGAUCAAGGAGGUGGAGAGAAUCUGUAGAGAGAGCAACUGCUAUGACCCAGAGAGGGUUAAAAACUUCCUCAAGGAGGCUAAGCUAACAGACCAGCUUCCUCUUAUCAUCGUGUGUGAUCGCUUUGACUUUGUUCAUGACCUGGUGCUCUACCUCUACCGCAACAGUCUGCAGAAAUACAUUGAGAUCUAUGUACAGAAAGUGAAUCCCAGUCGUUUGCCAGUGGUGAUCGGUGGUUUGUUGGAUGUAGACUGUUCUGAGGAUGUAAUUAAGAACCUGAUCAUGGUAGUCCGAGGUCAGUUUUCCACUGACGAGCUGGUGGAGGAGGUGGAGAAGAGAAACAGGCUCAAACUUCUGUUGCCAUGGUUGGAGUCGCGUAUCCAUGAAGGAUGCGAGGAGCCUGCUACUCACAAUGCCCUGGCCAAGAUCUAUAUUGACAGCAACAAUACACCAGAGCGCUUCCUAAAGGAGAACCCCUUCUACGACAGUGCUGUGGUUGGACGCUACUGUGAGAAGAGAGACCCCCACUUGGCUUGUGUGGCUUAUGAGAGAGGACAGUGUGACCUAGAGCUCAUCAAAGUGUGCAAUGAGAAUUCAUUAUUCAAGAGUGAAGCUAGAUAUCUGGUACGACGAAAAGAUCCCGAGCUUUGGGCGAAUGUGUUAGAAGAAAACAACCCUUUCAGACGACAACUUAUCGACCAGGUGGUGCAGACAGCUCUGUCCGAGACCCAAGACCCAGAGGAAGUAUCUGUCACAGUGAAGGCCUUCAUGACUGCAGAUUUACCUAACGAGUUGAUUGAGCUGCUGGAGAAAAUUGUCCUCGAUAACUCUGUCUUCAGUGAACACAGAAACCUUCAGAAUCUGCUGAUUUUGACAGCUAUCAAGGCUGACCGCACACGUGUGAUGGAGUACAUCAACAGGCUAGACAACUAUGAUGCUCCUGAUAUAGCAAAUAUUGCCAUCAGCAAUGAGCUCUUUGAGGAAGCAUUUGCUAUUUUCAAGAAGUUUGAUGUCAACACAUCAGCUAUACAGGUAUUGAUAGAGCACAUAGGAAAUUUGGAUCGUGCCUAUGAGUUUGCUGAGCGCUGUAAUGAACCUGCAGUGUGGAGCCAGUUAGCCAGAGCUCAGCUGCACAGAGACCUGGUGAAGGAGGCCAUCGACUCUUAUAUUAAAGCUGUCGACCCGUCUGCAUACAUGGAGGUGGUCAACGCAGCCAGCAAGAACAAUAAUUGGGAGGACUUGGUAAAAUUCCUGCAGAUGGCUCGGAAAAAAGCUAGAGAGUCAUACGUGGAGACAGAACUGAUCUUUGCCUUGGCUAAAACAAACCGCUUGGCUGAGCUGGAAGAAUUUGUCAGUGGCCCAAAUAAUGCUCACAUACAACAGGUGGGCGAUAGAUGUUAUGAGGACGGCAUGUAUGAAGCAGCUAAACUCUUAUAUAACAAUGUGUCCAACUUUGCCCGCCUUGCAUCUACAUUAGUCCACCUUGGAGAGUACCAGGCAGCUGUGGACAGCGCAAGAAAAGCCAACAGCACUCGAACGUGGAAGGAGGUUUGCUUCGCUUGUGUGGAUGGUGAGGAGUUCCGGCUGGCACAGAUCUGUGGCCUUCACAUCGUGAUCCACGCCGAUGAGCUGGAGGACCUGAUCAGCUACUAUCAGGAUCGUGGGUACUUUGAGGAGCUCAUUGCUCUGCUGGAGGCAGCACUGGGUUUGGAGCGGGCCCACAUGGGCAUGUUCACUGAGCUUGCCAUCCUUUACUCAAAGUUCAAGCCACAGAAGAUGAGGGAGCACCUGGAGCUCUUCUGGUCCAGAGUCAACAUCCCAAAGGUUCUUCGAGCAGCUGAGCAGUCUCAUUUAUGGGCGGAGCUGGUUUUCCUUUACGAUAAAUAUGAGGAGUACGACAACGCCAUCAUCACUAUGAUGAGUCAUCCGACAGAUGCAUGGAAAGAAGGACUGUUUAAAGAUAUCAUUGCCAAGGUUGCCAAUGUGGAGUUGUACUACAAAUCUCUUUCAUUCUACCUGGACUUCAAGCCCCUGCUACUAAAUGACCUGCUGGCUAUUUUGUCACCUCGGUUGGACCAUAGCAGAGCUGUCAGCUUUUUUAGCAAGGUGAACCAGCUGAAGCUGGUAAAACCUUAUUUGAGGUCUGUUCAGAAUCAUAACAAUAAAUCUGUUAAUGAAGCUCUCAACAACCUGCUGACAGAUGAGGAAGACUACCAGGGCCUGAGAGCAUCCAUUGAUGCAUAUGACAACUUUGACACUAUUGGCUUGGCGCAGAGGUUAGAGAAACACGAGCUCAUCGAGUUCAGGCGUAUCGCUGCUUAUCUAUACAAGGGAAAUAACCGCUGGAGACAGAGCGUGGAGCUCUGCAAGAAGGACAAACUCUACAAGGAUGCCAUGCUGUAUGCUGCAGAGUCUAAGGAUGCUGAGCUGGCAGAGACUCUGCUCCAGUGGUUCCUGGAGGAGGGCAGGAAGGAGUGCUUUGCUGCCUGUUUGUUUGCUUCCUAUGACCUUCUGCACCCUGAUGUGGUGCUGGAGCUAGCUUGGAAGCACAACAUUGUGGACUUUGCCAUGCCAUACUUCAUCCAAGUCAUGAGAGAGUACCUCACAAAGGUUGAUGAGGUUGCAGCGAAGGUGAUGGUGGACAAACUGGUGGAAGCAGAAAGCCAAAGGAAAACUGAAGAGGAGGUGACAGAGCCUCAGCCAAUGGUGUUUGGCCAGCAGCUGAUGUUGACUGCUGCUGCUGCUGCUCCAGUGACUCCUCAGCCAGUGUACCCGGGCUAUGGCUACCCUGCUGCUCCUGCUGCAGGUUACCCCGCUCAACCUGCAUAUGGUUUCAACAUUUAAAGUCCUAACUCCUCCUCCAUCUGUUCCUCCUGUGUCCCUUUUACACAUACCCACACCCUUGACCCGAACCAAAAACUGAAAUGUGCUGCUGUGGGUCUCGGUUGACAGCUUGAAGACCUUAAUUUCCCAAUAAGACUCGACCUGUGUUACCUGAAACUGCAGUAGUAACCUUUAUCUGUUGCUUCUUCACUCCCAACUUAGACUGGUGACAUCAGAGACACUAGAAGGACUUUGGUGGCAUCAAGGUGGAUUGACACCCCCUCCAUCUUUUCAACUUAGACAUUUUAACAGCAUCACUAAUCUAAGCAGCAUGAAGUCACCUCUCAGCUUCUGGAGGAAUUGACAUACCUUUAGUGACAACAAACCACUCUGUCCUGUUGCUGUUCCAAGUAGACUUUAUUAACCGUAGAGCGGCAUCUUUUUUUCUUCUUUUUUUUCUCUUCAAAUUUUCAGCACUGAUAAAGAAGACUUAACUGAAGGGGUAGAAGGGGAAGUGUGUGUUACCCCCCUCCCUCCUAAAGCACUGUUACGGCCUUACAUACUCUGAGGAGGCGGCUCAUUUGUUCACGUUUAACUAAAGACAGUUACUGUGCAAUAGUUUUGUUUGUUCUUUCACAACAGGUACAAAGGGUUUGCUGUAUUCAGACUAAAGACACUUGUUAAUGAGGUUACUAUUUGUGUUUGUGUGUGAGAGUGUGUGUGCGUGCAGCAUCUAAAGCCACCAAACCAAGAGACACUCAGUGAGAUUUCCACUCCUUUUGCUGGGUCAGAGUGGGUUGAUCUUGUUAGUCAGCUUUUAAGAAUCCAGUUGGAGAGAUUUGUUUCAGGAUAUUUGUGAAAAGAAAAAUGAAUGAAAGAAAGCAAGUUAUAUAUUUAAAAAAAAAAGAAGAAAAAAAACAAACAAAAAAAGGUAUAUGCUGUAGUCUGUGCAUGUGCUGCCUAAUGAUAAUGCUGCAACCAGGAGCACACUUGUCAUGUUACAUUCAAGUAUAUCAAGCAUUACUGAUGUUGUGUUAAAAACUAAGCAAUGUACUACAAAAAGUUCUCACCCAACUAACAAACUGAUGGCAAAGCGCUAAGACUUUAUUUAAAAAAAAAAAAAAAGUUCCUGGUGCCAGCCUGUUAGAAAUCAUUAUUGUACUUAAAGCAGCGUAUAAUUUAAAUAUAUUAAAAUACCUAAUGAAUCAAAAAGGUAAAAUAUUAUGGAAUACCGUAUGUAUUGUCUAUAGUGUAUUGUUGUAGUCUUAAAAAACAAACAAAAAAAAAACAGAACAUUGAUUUUGUAAGAAAAGAAAGAAAAAUGCAACACUGCAGUUUAAUAAAUGGCAGUCUUGAGGCAAGGCUACUUAAAGUGG